AUGGCGGCGGGCGCGCGGUGCCGACCACGUGGGGCGCAGGCCGCAAGUAGUACGGGGGCGUGUGGCCGCGCGCCGCCUGCCCCCCUCCCUCCCGGCCUGGUGCGGCCGCGAGGCCCGGGGGCGGGCGGGGCCCCCGCGCGUUGCCUGGCAACGGGGUGAUUGAACCUCCUCUCAGCCAAUGGCGACGCGGCGGGGGCGGGCGCCGUGACGGCUGCGGGCCGGCGGUGGCCGGGAGGGCUCAGUCCGGCCGCGGCCGCCUGCAGCAUGGUGGGUCCUGCCGUGCUCCCGGCCGCCGGCCUCCUCUACUGGGUGGGUGCCCUGGGCGCCGUCUACGUGGCGGCGCUGACCUCCUACCGCCUUCUGACCGGUGUCCGUCUCUGGUUUCUGGGUAGUGGCAAAACCGCCGUGGGACCGGCCCUGGGCGCCUGGGCAGUGGUCACAGGAGCUACUGAUGGGAUUGGGAAAGCCUAUGCAGAAGAGUUAGCAAGACAUGGGAUGAAGGUGGUUCUCAUCAGCAGGUCGAAAGAGAAGCUGGAGCAGGUUGCUAGCGAAAUCAGGGAGAAGUACAAAGUGGAAACCAAAGUGAUCGUGGCAGACUUCGGGGAGCGAGAGGCCAUCUACAGCCGGAUCGGCGCCGGCCUGGAGGGCCUGGAGAUCGGGGUGUUAGUCAACAACGUGGGAAUAUCCUAUGCCUAUCCUGAAUACUUCCUGGACGUUCCAGACCUGGAUGAGACAAUUGGCCAGAUGAUCAACAUCAACAUCAUGUCUGUUUGUAAGAUGACACGGCUGGUGCUGCCCGGCAUGCUGGCCAGAUCCAAAGGGGUCAUUCUGAACAUUGCCUCAGCUGCUGGGAUGUAUCCAACUCCACUGCUGACUCUGUACUCUGCAACCAAGGCUUUUGUGGACUACUUCUCCCGAGGCCUCCAUGCGGAAUACAAGAGCAAGGGCAUCUUUGUGCAGAGCGUGCUCCCCUACUACGUGGCCACCAAGCUGUCCAAGAUCCGCAAGCCCAGCUUCGACAAGCCCAGCCCCGAGACCUACGUGCGAGCUGCCCUGGGCACCGUGGGGCUGCAGCCCCGCACCAACGGCUGCCUGCCCCACGCCCUCAUGGGCUGGAUCUUCUCUCUUCUCCCUUCUUCUACUGCCAUUAACUUCCUCAUGAGAACAAACAAACAAAUCCGAGCUCGUUACCUGAAAAAAAAGAAGGAGAAGUAAGCUGGAGGCAGCCAGGAAGCCUCCCGGGAGCCCUGCAAGCUCCAGCGCUGCAGCAGGCUCCACCAUCCCCCCUGAUGCUCUAACCACCUGCAGUCCUAGGUGUGCUGUCUAACAAGCAGAACAGGAGGGUAGAGGUGAAAGGAGGCCAUUGACUUCCAAACAGACUUUCUUUGUUCAUAGCUAAUCCGGGCUGGGGAAUUGGU